GUCUGAGAGGCAGUCAGAAACAGAGCAGAGCAAGGGAGCAGAGGUGAUCUCACACUCAUCAGCACAGGAUAACACAACCAUGAUGGGUUGACUUGGGGGGGGAGGCGGUUGGAGAGAGGAAGUGUGCAUUCGCCACCACUUGCUCAGCCAUGGAGACCAACAAAGUUCUACAUUUUGUGCCUUCGGAGGCACCUCCCUCUGGGAUGUCCAAGAAUGGAUACUUCUUUCAAGAAAUGGAGCAGCGGGAGGUGGAGCAGGAGGAGGGCAGCGAGGGCCGAGAGGAGGGACAGGACUCGCCGAUCGCCUGCGGAGAUGACAUCCACCUCUAUGACAACCAGAUCAGCCCCGGGCCAGAUGCUGACGACUCCGGCUGUGUGUUACUGAACACAUCAAGAAAGUAUGUGAAGCUGAUGAACUUCGAGGAGGAGAUCCGGGCUCACCGGGACCUGGAUGGCUUCCUGGCGAGGGCCAGCAUCCUGCUGGAUGAGACGGCGGCCUCCCUGGACGAUGUUCUGAAGAGGAUGCUGCACCACGUGGGCCAGGACAGCCACACAGCCGAGCCCAGCUGCAACUUCGAGGAGGUGAUGAGCAUGCUUUUCACAGACGCAGGAGCUCAGGAGGUUAACGUCCACCUGCUAUCAGAGACGAUCCAGGGGGUGACAGCGACCGCCACCGGGAUCCAGUACCAGCAGUCCUGGCUCUGCAUCCUCUGCAACGUGAAGCAUCUCCAGAGGCGUCACGUGUGCAUCUCCCGCCUGGAGAGGCCGCAGAACUGGGGGGAGAACUGCUGCGAGGUCCGCUAUGUCAUCCUGAUCCUGGCCCCGCUCAAAAUGAAAAGCACCAAGACGGCGAUGGAGCUGGGCAGGACGUUCGCCACCCUCUUCUCUGACAUCUCCUUCAGGCAGAAGCUGCUGGAGACCAAGACGCAGGAGGAGUUUAAGGAGGCGCUGGUGUUCCAGAGGCACCAGUUGACAGCAACCAACCAGAACCCCAUCGCUCUGGGGAAGGAGGAGACCGACCCCCGCAGUCACAAGCCCCUCAAGUGUAAAGACUUCUUUAAAGCCGGCCGGGGGAUUUAUGAGGACUUGUGCCGCCGCCUGCCUUUCUACCCCUCGGACUUCACAGAUGGUGUAGUUGGCAGUAAUAAAACCCUGCUGAAGUACAUGACCACCGCCAUCUUCCUCUACAUCGCCAUCCUCCUCCCUGCCAUCGCUUUCGGCUCCCUCAAUGACGAGAGCACACGUGGCGAGAUAGAUGUUCGGAAGACCAUCAUCGGCCAGAGCAUCGGCGGGGUCAUCUACUCGCUGUUCGCCGGCUCUCCUCUGGUCAUCCCUCUAACCACAGCUCCCCUCGCCAUCUUCAUCAGCGUGAUCCGAGGAAUCUGUGACGACUACAACCUGGACUUCCCGGCUUUCUACGCCUGCAUCGGUUUGUGGAACUGCCUCUUCCUCAUCCUGGGAGGCAUCUUCAACGUCAGCCUGCUCAUGAAGCUCUUCAAAAGGUCGACAGAGGAGGUCAUCGCCCUCUUCAUCUCCAUAGCAUUUGUGGUAGACGCAGUGAAAGGCACAGUCAAAAUCUUUCACAGGUACUACCACGCCCCGACGCUGGCCAACAGAAGCAUAGAGACCUUCAGUCAGAGUGAAGACCUGCUCGGGGGAAACAGGAGUGAGGUGGCGGCCGGGUUCGCGCUCAACGCCCUCCCUGAAUCCCUCAUCCAGUGCACUCGAGAGAGGCCGGUGCUGUGCCUCCUGCUGAUGCUCGGGACGUUAUGGAUGGGCUACACCCUGUACCAGUUCAAACGGAGUCCGUUCCUGCAUGCCAAAGUGAGGGAGGUGCUGUCGGACUGCGCCCUGCCGAUCUCAGUGCUCAUUUUCUCCUUCAUCGGCUCCUACCUGUUCAGUGACAUUGAGCUUCCAGUCUUUAAAGUUCACGACCGGCCCGUCUUCAACGUGGCUCCAUUUGAGCGGUUGUCGGCCAUGAACGUGGUCAGCGCCAUGGGCCUCGGCUUCCUCCUGGCUCUCCUCAUCUUCAUCGACCAAAACAUUGUUGUCUCGUUGACCAACGCUCCGGAGAACAGGUUGCUGAAGGGCACAGCCUAUCACUGGGACCUAAUGCUCUCUGGGCUCAUUAACAUACUGAUGUCGGUGCUGGGGUUGCCCUGGAUGCACGCUGCCUUCCCCCACUCCACCCUUCAUGUGCGGCAGCUGGCUUUUGUGGAGCAGCGCGUGGAGGGGGGGCACCUCUAUGAGACUAUCGUCCAGGUGAAAGAGACCCGGCUGACGUCUCUGACUGCCAAUAUCUUCAUCGGCGUGUCGGUGCUGCUGCUUCCUCUCCCGCUGCAGUGGAUCCCCAAACCCGUCCUGUACGGCCUCUUCCUCUACAUCGCCCUCACCUCCAUCGAUGGAAACCAGAUGUGCGACCGCAUGGCUCUCCUCCUCAAGGAGCAGACGUCUUACCCGCCUACCCACUACAUCCGCAAAGUGCCCCAGAGGAAGAUCCACUACUUCACCUUCCUGCAGAUGAUGCAGCUGCUGGUCCUCUGCACCUUCGGCAUGUACCCGAUACCGUACAUGAAGAUGAUCUUCCCUCUGCUCAUGAUCAUGCUGAUUCCAAUCAGGAACAACGUGCUUCCUCAUAUCAUUGAGGCCAAAUACUUGGACAUAAUGGAUGCCCAACACAUGUAGCUACGGACGGAGACGAGUUCUGGAUCCACAAAAAAGACGUCUGGAGUUUGAAAAAAAAGAAAAAAAGAAAUGAGGAUUAAAAAACAACAACAACAUAUUUUUCAAUGCAAAACUGUACGGAAGCAAAAAGGAGAAAUACCGACUGUUUUGAUUUUUGUAUCCGAUAAGAACAUUCUUACAGGUGAAGCACUGGAAAUGUGGGAAGUGGCGUGAGAAAGAGAGAUGAGAGCCGUGGGAAAUGUUUCCAAACGUGGACAGACAGCAUCUCUCUGCCGAAGAACAGGACCGUCCAGAACUCCCUGUUUCACCUCUGUUUGAUCCUGUCAGCUCGUUCAGUGCCACAUACCUCCAUGUUCUCCUCUCAUACCUUCACAGUUUAUGGUUACAUGUUACAGUAUCCUUACAGGAGUGUGUUCAUCUGUGUGUUUGACGGAACGCACCACAGCAACCCAAAAUAUUUCCAUCAGGAGAGACGCUGCAGCUGCAGAGAAGAUACCAGUUAUAAAACACAUAGAAAUAUUCAGAGCAAAUAAAACAACAUAACUGUGCUGCAAAUGAAAACGUGCUGCAGAAAAUAAACAGAACAUUAACAGCAAACAAGCUGCGAAUACAGAAAGGCAAAAACACACAAACCCUGAAAACAAAUGCAGCAGAGAAACACAACGGAAGUCCUCCAGGCCUGUAGGGGGAGCACUGAGAGGAACAGCCUGAUUCUGACCUGACACAGAGACCAGACCACACAGGUAUAAAGAACUGUUUACAGUGUCGGAUGCAGGGCCUCGUUUGUUGCUCAGUGGCGCGUGGAGCAAAACACAUUAUUUCCAGGCAGAUAAUUUUUCGGUUAUUCCACGUUACCGCGAGCAGGUGGGCGCGUUUUGUAACCCUAACCCUUCAAACCAAAUGUGGCUGCAUAUCUCCAGUCGUGAGGCCCAGAGAGCAAGUGCACUUUAACCCCGCCUCCCACUGCUCUGUCUCAAGCUUGCUCACAUGAUGACAGUUCAUGAUCACUGUAGAUUUGGCGAUUAGUGAAUUAACAACUUUUAGGACGCAGUGAUUCACUCAGUGCUCCCCCUGCAGGCCUGGAGGACUUAUGUUGUGUUGGCUAGAUAAACCAUCCCAUCCUCAGUGCGACCUCGUCACAUGUCCACGUUUGGUCAUGGAUUUUCAAGGUCCAAGGUACCCUGGGUGUGUUGGUUGUUGACGUUCUGGGACGCCGUGUCAACACACAUGGUUACGUUUAGCCAACACACACACGUGGUUACGUUUAGCCAACACACAUGGUUACGUUUAGCCAACACACAUGGUUACGUUUAGCCAACACACAUGGUUACGUUUAGCCAACACACACACGUGGUUACGUUUAGCCGACACACACACGUGGUUACGUUCAGCCAACACACACGUGGUUGGGUUUAGGAAAAAAGAACAAGGUUUGUCUUUACAGUCUUACAGGAAGUGAACACCAACCUCCUGGGUAAAAGUCCGUGGUUGUUGGACACACACACACACACACACGCACACACACCCCCCAACCCACCCAACCCACUCAGACUUUGGUCACCUUAACUUUUGUUGUUGUCCCGCCACGUUUCCCCAUGACAGACAAUAACAGUGAACGGCUGCGCAUCAUGCUGACGUGACAGCUUUUUUUUUGUUGGCGUCUGACGCUGGAGGUCACUGACCAAGUGCUGUUUUUUGAUGACUUCAGAGUGAGACUGUGUUGGACAUGCAGCAUUUUUAAGUAACAUUUCUUUCCAAAUGUGUUUGUGUGUUUUUGACUUUGCAUAGUUUUUGUAUUUGCAGCUUGUUUGCUGUUGAUGUUAACGUGUUUACUUCCUGCAGCACGUUUUCAUUGUUGUAUUUGCUUUGGAUUCUCGUGUGUUUUUGAAAUUGUAUCUUCUCUGCAGCUACAGGACGUUUCUCUGAAUAUAAGUGUUUUGGGCCGUAGUAGCGUGUUUGCCUCUGUCGGCCACUGUACAUUAAGCUAACGGUGAGUGUUUAAAGUGCUCACUAACACUGUGUCAGUGAUAGAAAUGCUGCCAGUGUGCAGUUAGAGGAAGUAGGAAGGUGUAAUUUCACAAUGUAAGCAUGAACAAUACCUUUUUGUGACACUUUAAACUCACAUUGUGUUUUUACACCGUCAUCAUUCAGACUUACACUGUGUUGACUGACACUUAAACGUGUCACCUCGGGUGAAUGACCUGGUGAGAACGAUGCGUUCAAGUCACUGCAGAGUGAAGCUGUACCUUUUGUAUUUCUGUCAUUGUGCAGUGUUAAACUUUACAUUCCUGCACAUUUUAGCUGUGACUCCCCUUUUCUAUGAGGAACACUCGUGUCCGUGCAGAUUUAGUUUCAGAGUCAUUCCAACAAACGUCAGUGUUCAUUAGGAGAGGACAAAGGAGUGUGUGUGAGUGUAUGUGUGUUUGUGAGUGUAUGUGUGUGUCAUACAUACAUCAUCAGUCCGUCCUUCAUCCAGCUUCCUGCCAGCUCUUUAGAAAACCUCAUUUUUAAGGUGGAAUUUAAUAACAGAAACAUUCCACAGGUAUAUAUUAUAUGUAAUUAUUUAGAACGACAGCACAAACCAAAACAUAUAGUGAAAUCUUUAUCAAAUUAUAAAUAUAUUAGAAUAUAUUAUGGCAAUAUACGAAAAAUAUUUCAGGUUAAAUUCAAAUAAAAUAUUUAUUUAUCAUGACAGUUUAUCUUUUAAGUACAAGAUGAGAGUUUUGUGUGUUUAACCCUGAACUGGAACGUAACCUGUAAUUCUCUGUUUGCUCCUUUACAUUCCUCAGUGACCGACGUACGGAGGCCAGUUUGUGUCAAUAUUCUCUGUGUGAGCAGUUUGACAGUCUGUGUCUGUAAAUCUGUAAAUAUAAAACAUCUUUCACGGGAUAUAAGAAAAGAUUUGUAAACUCACAAAAAAUACUUUGCAAAUAUGAAACAUCUGCAAAGGCACAAAAAAUUGCAAGAAAUUGCACAAUUGAGAUUCAGUUGGAACUGGAUUCAAAACAUCUGUUUGGAAGUUGUAAAUUAUUUGGAAGAUAUUCACAAAUACUUUUCAUUUGUUUGCAAAUUAAUUAAAUGCAUUUACAGAUCAUUUUUAUAUAUGAAGAAUAUUUUUGUGAGUUUACAAAUCUUUUUUUUGUAUUUGUUGAAAGUGUUUCAUAUUUACAGAUGACACAUUAACACUCGAGUUCUCAAGAACAAAAUCCAACCCAAACUGAACCGACCCGACCCAUGUGAGCUGAAGCCCGAACCUGGUCCAUCCAAGAUCAUCACAUACUGAGCCUGAACCUGAGUCCCCCAAAAGCCACUAGCUGGGGCGCCUGGUGUCUUAGUGGGUAGAGCAAGUGUCCCAUAUGCGAAGGCAAUGCCCUUGUCACAGUGGCCACGGGCUCGAUUCAGCCUGUGGCCCCCUGCAGCAUGUCAUGAGAGAAUUUCUUUAAAUUUGGCACAAACGUCCACUUGGACUCAACAAUGACCUAAUUGAAUUUUGGUGGUCAAAGGUCAGUGUGACCUUGCAUCUAUCUGAUUCUCAUGAACACGAUAUCUAAGGAACACCUUUAGGGGAUUUCUUUAAAUUUGGCACAAACGUCCACUUGGACUCAACAAUGACCUAAUUGAAUUUUGGUGGUCAAAGGUCAGUGUGACCUUGCAUCUGUCUGAUUCUCAUGAACACGAUAUCUAAAGAACACCUUUAGGGGAUUUCUUUAAAUUUGGCACAAACGUCCACUUGGACAGAAGAAUAAAGGUCAAAGGUCAUGUUAAAGGAUGGAAAUUGGGCUGGUGGGCAGAGUCAUAAAACCACAGGGUGGGAAUUCUAGUUAUUUAUUUAUCUUUUUAUGUUGGGGAAGAUUCUCAGUCAUCCAGGUCAUCGUAAUCUUAAGUGCUACAUCGUAGGCAACUGGAAUUGCUAAAGUUUCGUGAAGACAUUUCACCUCUCAGUCAGAGAACAGAGAUGAAAGUCCUGUUGCCCACCAUAUAGCACUUAAGAUUUAUAUUUUUAUAUUUUUUGUAUUUAUGCCCUAACAGCUCAACCUUGCCAAUCAGUGCACAUGUUCGCCCCUAAUUUGGUUCAACCUCAGUUUUUCAGGACCCGUCGGGCUCAGGUUGAGUUUGAGAACUCUAAUUAUCUGCACGGAUGGUCGAUGUGUUUCCACAGAAAAUCUUGACACAACUCAGCCUCCAUACUGGUUCUUGUAAUUUUGAGUGUCUUGUCUACAUCAGGCUUUGCCGCAGUGUUUACAUAUCAGAGUCCCCUCCAGCUCCACGUCACAGUCCGAUACAGUUCUGGUGCAUUGCUCGCAGAGAUGAGAGUCAGGUGACGGCAAAAAAAAAAAAAAAAAAAAAAGAUUAAAAAAAGACAUUUGUGAGCGUUGGGUUCAACAGAAUGCAUCCCUUUUUUAUUUUUAUUUUUGUGAACAAGUGUUCAAAGAUGAGUUUUAGAAUAAUCUGGUCUUGUUUUCUAUUUAGAUGUUAUGAUUAGAUCAAUGCUUGCAAACGUGGUCAUGUAAUAAUCCAGAGAGAUUAUCUUGUUAUCUACAGUACAAAAAGAACAAAAAAAAAAAAUCCGAAGCAAGCGCUGGUUUGCUUCAAGCAUGACUCAUCUGGGUUUUUGAUACGAUGUGAUGCCAACGGUCAUGUAUCCUGCGCUAAAAAAAGUAGCAAGUCAAACAGUAACUUCUCAAUAAACCGAAUGCAACGCUCAAUAUUCAGCAAUACUGUGUAUAAAACUCAGCUUCACUGGUGACACUCGUCAGUGAAGCAAAGACAGGCCAGCUGUAUUUUUAAGACACCAACUUUAAAGUCCAUCCUCACGGUACAAAAAACUGCUGCGUGCUGAUUCAAUUAUGGCGCUCAUCGAGGAGAAGGAACAAACGUCCGCCUGUCAACAAGGCGUCCACAGUGCUGGGUUUUAUUACUCGCUUUCCCAAUAUCCAAAUGGCAGCUCCCUCAUGCAGUUCUGUUCAACUUUGUCUUACAGAUGUGAGAAAGAUGUCCAAUUUAAGCAGAUGUCUCAUGCAGAGAUAGCGAGGCAUGAAAGGAAAGCUCGGCAGCAUUUGCAUAAUCCUGGGAUUAAGGCUUAAAACAGCACUGGCAGAGAAGAUGGUGAGGUGUGAAGUAAUAUGUACAGUUUGCAAUGCAAAGUUUAGUUUUUAUCAAGUAUCCAUUAUAAUCCAUGGCAAGGUAUUAGUUUCUAACUUUGGAGCGAGUACAGAGGUUUAACCAUUCUUCUUCUUAUGUGACAGUAUCGUUGUUGUUCCUCGAUGAUAUCUUCUCUGUACUGAUGAUUCUUUGGAAUAGCAGCAAACUUCUCUCAGAGGACUUUACCAUUGGAUUCAGAGUGAUAGACUCCGUUUGUGAAACCUUGAGUCCCCUCCUCCUCCUCCUCCUCCUCCUCCUCCUCCUCCUCCUCCUAAUUGGAUUUGUUUGAAAUUGCGUACUGUGGUGUUUUUCUUUCUUUUCCUCUUCCUGAUUUCAUAUAGCCUACUUUUUCUAAUCAUGAAUGUAAGAUGUGUGGAUUUUUAUAUAGCAUACAAAUUUAGGUGUCAAACAGAAUCUGUAAUUUUGUCAAAAAGAUCAGCUAUAUUUGUAAGCUGUAAGCUGUAAGAUGUAAAAAUGAGAAAAAAAUGGUUAUAAAACAGAAUGUGUUGGUUUACUAUAGUAUAUACGUAUAUAUACUGUACACUGAAAAAGAGAGACUAUCUCAAGCUGUUUGCCAAAUAAAAAGUAGUAGUGAUGUAAA